AUGAUGAUGAUGAUGAUGAUGAUGAUGAUGAUGAUGAUGAUGAUGAUGAUGAUGAUGAUGAUGAUGAUGAUGAUGAUGAUGAUGAUGAUGAUGAUGAUGAUGAUGAUGAUGAUGAUGAUGAUGAUGAUGAUGAUGAUGAUGAUGAUGAUGAUGAUGAUGAUGAUGAUGAUGAUGAUGAUGAUGAUGAUGAUGAUGAUGAUGAUGAUGAUGAUGAUGAUGAUGAUGAUGAUGAUGAUGAUGAUGAUGAUGAUGAUGAUGAUGAUGAUGAUGAUGAUGAUGAUGAUGAUGAUGAUGAUGAUGAUGAUGAUGAUGAUGAUGAUGAUGAUGAUGAUGAUGAUGAUGAUGAUGAUGAUGAUGAUGAUGAUGAUGAUGAUGAUGAUGAUGAUGAUGAUGAUGAUGAUGAUGAUGAUGAUGAUGAUGAUGAUGAUGAUGAUGAUGAUGAUGAUGAUGAUGAUGAUGAUGAUGAUGAUGAUGAUGAUGAUGAUGAUGAUGAUGAUGAUGAUGAUGAUGAUGAUGAUGAUGAUGAUGAUGAUGAUCAAAUGA